ACGCAGCGCCAGUGUUAAGGCUCUGUGGACUGAGAGGACGUAGCACAGACAGAGCUUCAUCUUCUUUAGGCUGCCGACGGUUACAACACAGUUGCUUGUUUACCAGAGAUUUGAUUCUUUUAACAAACAUUGUAAUGGACGGAACCAUUUGCAACAUCCAGGUGCUUCUCCGGGCUGCUGAGUUUCUUGAGAGAAGAGAGCGAGAGGCAGAACAUGGGUACGCUUCACUCCUUCCUCUCAGUCCAGAUAACUCUGACAAGAGGAGCAAACAGAAGAACAAAAAGAUAUCUGCUGCUGGUGGAGGCAAUAGGUCGGUUCACAACGAGCUGGAAAAAAACAGACGAGCUCAGCUGAGGCACCACCUGGAGGAGCUGAAGAAGCAAGUUCCUCUCUCAUCUGACUCGAUGAGGAACACCACACUCAACCUGCUGAGACGAGCCCAGCUUCACAUAAAGAAGCUGCAGGAGCAAGAUGAGCGUGCAGAAAAAAUGAAGGGCCGUUUGCGCUGGGAGCAGAGAGAGUUGCGGGUGCGGUUGGAGCAGCUGCAGAGAGGCUCGGAGAGGAUGAGGAACGACAGUCAUGGGUCCACCAUGUCGUCAGAGAGGUCAGACUCCGACAGAGAGGAUGUGGAGGUGGACGUGGAAGGCAUAGUGUUCGAUUGUGUGGACUCUGAUGGACUGAGCCUUACACACACUGAUGCAGACCACUGUUACUCCAGCAUGGACAAAGUCUGGCUAUGACGGCAGUAAACUUACGGUAACUCGUUUGACUUCGGGAAGAGGAGAAAAACAUUCCAAAAACAAGCCAACGGAGGAACAUGGAGAAAAAUGUUACUGUACAACUGAACACUUUUUUAAAAUGGUGUAACUUAUGACAUUCUCUUCUUAAAAUAUGUCAGACUACAAGCUAAACAAUAAUGGUGUUAAUGAGCUGUGUCCAUUUUGCACUGAAAAGCAGUUAAAAUCACUGGGCUGGGAUGGAUCUAACCUUGCGCAUAUAUAUUUUCUGGCAUUGCUUACUUAAGCCAAGCCUUGUCUGUAACUUAAUGAAUCAAAAAGUUGUUCUCCUUUAUCUCUUAAGGGCAUAUUCAUUUGCCUUUGAGGGCUUUUUAUUCUAAACUCUUAACUUAUUCUUUACUACAGUAUGUAAAAACUGAAUUCUGCCUUAAAUCAGACGUGAUGUAGUAUACCAUACAGCUUUUCUUUAGCACUAUGUUCAUUUUCUGUUAUGUCAUGUGUAGCAUGCACUUAAACAUUAAUCUGUGCCAUGAUUUGUAUAAUCUUAUUAUAUAAGUUCAGUCUUUUUUCUGUUGCACAAAUCGUCCACACAUUGCACUUGUUUUCAAAAAAUGGUGGGUAUAUUAAAAUGAAAACAGUGAUCUGAAAUAAACUGGUCAUAUUUGCACAUUUAUAUCUGGCAAUUAGGCAAAUAUUAAUUUGUUGCAUUUGUACACAACCCAGUCUGUGAUCAAGUGCCAGAAUGUUGUUGCCUGAAGGAAGAUGCAUGGAGAGAGGUAUUACGACAGUUCGUUUUAGUCACUGCUAACGAGCUGGGAAUGACCAUUACUGCUGCCAGUUCUUUUGCAUUUGUCGAUUAUAAAAUGUAAAUGUUGGAUGCAACAAACUCACCAGCCAGGCAGGUAAUGUCAACUUGUAGUAAUUAUGCAAUGUAUGCUUUAUUACCAAUAUGUAUCAUAUUCUUUGCUAUGUAUUUAAUAACUGAAGGUGCUAUUUCAUUUCACUUUUGUAUAUGCAAGAUGCCUUACUACCAUUUGUAUGUAUGCAUUCAUCUAUCUCUCCGCCCAGUAAUAUAAUGUAGCAUUUUUUUAACUGGUGUAAGCUUUUUAAAGAAUAAAUAUUUUGUUUAUUUA